AUGAAAAAGAAAAAAAAGAGCGGUGAAGAUGAUGUAUGGGAUGAGUCAUUAAACGAUUUUAUGGAAAUAAAUAAAAAUAGUUGUAGUUUAACAAGAGAUACCAUACAUGGUCGUCUUCGACCUGAACCGGAAAUAAUAGAAAAUAUAUUAGAAGAAUUAGAAAAUAAGAUAAGACAUUAUUUUAAUUUAUAUCAAAUAGAGAAAGAGAAAAGGACAUGUUCAGAUAAGAAUAAUUAUUAUUUACAAAAGGAAUUAUAUAAAGCAUAUGCAGCAUUAGACAAGAAUAAAUUAUAUACAAAAAAAUUAGAAGAUAAAUUAAAUAGUAUUAAAGAAAAUGAAUGUAAUUUAAUAGAUACAGUACGCCGUAUUGAUUUGUUAUAUAUUCAAUUAGAUACAUUAGUACAAUCUUUUGCAGGUAUAUGUACUCAAGUAAUUAUUGAAAUAAAUGAAAAUAAGGAUAAUGUAAUGAAUACGCUUGAUAUAAAAAAAAGGAAAAGCGAAACAAUAAAGAUGUUAUUAGAUUAUAUAUAUCCUUGUCGAACACUUGACCCACGUCUUAAUUCAUUAUAUGGAAUGUUAUAUUAUCAAUCUAUUGGUUUAUUAAAAGAUGAAAGUUUUGUAGGUCCUCCUAUUCCUCCUAUACCACCUGUAGUACCUUCUGAAUCUAAUGGCUGGUUGCCUCCAAGUGGUAGUAAUAAUAAUAAGAUGAUGAUAACAAGUGAGAAUAAUAUGAAUAUUUUAGCAGAUCAUCGUUUUUCUGAUUUAAUAAGAAUGGUUCAUAGUGGCCAAAAUGCCGUUAUUAAUUAUCCUGAUAUCAUAAAAAAUAUGGAUGAUCAAAAUGAUAAGAUAGGUACCAAAAAUUUAUCAAAUGCAGAAAAUAAAAAUAAUAUAAAUAAUAUAAAUAUUAAUGGUAAUAAUAUUAAUAUGAAUGAAAGAGGAAGUUAUUAUAAUCAGUCACUCAAUAUAGAUGACUUGACAGGAUUUGACGUACAUAUAGGUAUCAUAGAAAUAAAUUGCCCUAUGAAUGAUCCUAAAAUUGUAUGUGUUGUAAGAUAUGACGAUGAAAGUGUUAAUUCAGCUAUUCAAGAUGUUCAAAGGGUUAGUAAACCUAAAAGUCCUGACCAGGUUAUGUCUACAGGAGAAUAUAUUUUUAAUAUUGAUAAUAAAAUUCAUUUGAAUAAUUUACCCCAAAAAAAAACUGGUGAUGUCCCAAGUUUUAUGAUAGAUAUACAUGAUGUAAAUGCAAAGGAGUUAAUUGGCACAUGUUCAUGUUCUUUUAUUAAUGAGAAAACUUUAAUAAAAAACAGUACUUGGGAUAUAUAUUCUAAAAAAAACAAUUCACCACCAGAUGUGAUAAUAGGAAAAAUGUAUGUAACUAUAUCUCCAUAUCCAUCUAAGUCCAUUUUGCCUGCACAACUUUUUAAGAAUGUAAAACAUUCUCAAUAUAAAACAACAGGUAGAGUGGAAUCUGAAAGUGGUGUAUUAUCAAAAUCUAAUGUAGAUAUAUCAAAAAAUAUGAAUGACACGAAAAUAUCUACAAUAGGAAAGGUAGGCUUUCAAAAAUCGGCUAUCCUAAGUAAAGUAAUAGUUGAUAAGACACCUCUUGAGAACAAAAAGAAAGUGUCGUUCCCAGUGCAGCGAGGAAAGAGGGUGUCUUUCAAGUCCUUCUCCCUAAAAUUGGAAUCGUCAGAGUCCAAAGAUAAGGAAGAUAAUAAUACAGAACAGGGAAGUAAAAGCCAGACGGAGAAAGAAACAACUGUUGCAGAUAAUAAUAACAGAGAUGUGGAUGAUAAAAAGAAAGAAGGUGAUAAGGAUGUAGGAGAAACAAAUAAAGUAUCUUCAACAUUUUCUGUAAAGAAUUUUAUCAAGAAUUUUGCUAACAAGAUUGAGUCUAAUAAAAUAGAAAAGGAGAAUGUUUCAUUGACCUUGAAGAAAAAAACAGACAAAGAAGAAAUGAAGGAUGAUAAAAGUAUAAGUGAAGAAAAUAAAGUGGAAAAGAAAGAAGCACAGGAUGAGAAUGAAAAUAAAGACAAUAUUAUAAAGAAGGAAAUGUCCAAGGUAAAAGAUGGUAUCUUAAAAAUUAAGCUCCCUGCAUUAUCAAAGAAGGAGCCAAGUAUUGUUGUUACGAAGGAGUUUGCAAAGAGUAAGGCCGUUGAAGAAAAAGUAGGUGAUGAUAAAAAGAUGAUGUCAAGUGGAAAAAGUUCAGAACUGAAAGUAAAAGAUUUAACCACAAAUAGAGAAAAUGAUAAUAAAAAUAAAAAUGAUGAUGAUGAAAAAAAUGAUGAUAAUAAAAAAAAUGAUGAUGAUAAAAAAAAUGAUGAUAAUAAUAAUAAUAAUAAUAAUGAUGAGGGUGGUAAGGGCUUAGUGGGUAAACCCAAAAUGGCUUUGCCAAAAAUAAAAAUAGAGCCAAAAAAAGAUAGUUUAAAAAAAAUUUUAUUAAACAAAACGAUAGGGAAAACUUCAACAGCUGAAACAAAAAUGAUGAAUAUAAAAGAUGAAGAAGGAGUAAAACCUAAAUUGUCAAUCUUAAAAAAAGAAAUUCCUUUGAAUAAUAAAGAAGAUAAUACUAAUGUAUCAAAAUUUGCAAAAAUAUCUAAAACUGUGAUGAAUAAAAAUGAUGUGGAACAAAACAAAAUUACUGAAGAAGGCAAAGGAAAUAAAUUUGGAAUGAAAAAGGUAGAAACAUCCAAAGGAGAAGUAGUAAGUGAAAAGAAGAAACCGAGUAAGAGUUCAAUGUUUUCUUUUUUCAAGUUAAGACAGUCGAAGGUAGAAAAUGAAGGAAACACAACUAAUGUAAGUGAAGUACAAAAGGAUGUAUCUGUAACACAAAAAAAGGAAGUAGCAACUAAAGCUAUUGAAAAGGAUGUUUCAAAGAUGAUUAAAUUACCAAUACAGAAAAAGGAAGCAUCCAGUGUAGCAUCACAAGAAAGCGUGGAGAGCGAAGAACUGAAAAACAAAAUUCAAGAAGCCAAAAGCAAAACCCUAUUAAUUGAUAAAAGCAAGGUACUAAGUAAAUUAUCAAAAAAUGUCCCAGUCAAAAAGGAAAUUAAAAAGUUUGUUCCAAAGCUCAAAAAUUUUGCAUGA